GCAGCUGCUGGCGCGGCAAGCGCGUGGCCAGCCGGCCAGUGCGAACUAACCUCCUGCAGGCGGCCUGCGACCGGAGGACCCGGCCAACCUGCCGCUGUGCGGCGCCACGCUUUGAAACCUGCGUGCCCCGGCCCGAGCAGCCAUGUGGCCUCGGCUGUUGUUCCUGUACUGCGCGGCCCUGGUAGCCUUCAGCCUGUGCCAGGAGACGCCUCUGCGCCCUCUGCAUCAGGAGUCCCAGCAGAGCUCUACUCGACCACGGCGACAGGUCGCACUGUUCCAGCUGCCUCGAUUGCUCUUUACGUUCUUCAGGGUUCUCAGAGAGACGAGAAAUGAUACAAAAAGCGCCAUACGACAAAUUUCCCAAAUCCUCAACGAUAACAUUCGAGAUGCACCAUCAACAGAGCAGCCUCCCUCUCAGAGCACGCCGCCGGACGAGGGCGGCGACAACAUGACCACCACCACGGAGUACGUGCUGACGCGCCAGGAACUGCUGAGGAUCGCGCGUCUCAACAUCCGUGGGCUCGUACGGCUCUUCAAUCAGGAGGUCGACAUUGCUGUCAACGAUUCGUAUCGCAAUGUGGCACAAACACGUGCCGAGUUCCGAGAGUCUCUCCGGCAGGCUCUGCGGCCAGCUACGACCACGACGACCACUACGCAAAGGACCACGACCUCAGACAGCAACGAAGUCUAAGGUCGAAUACAGCCAGCGGUUCCUCAUAACCUCAAGAGCGUGGCACAGUGACUUCUUUCAUGGUGACCUUAUUUUCUCUAAGGAGAAACUGUGCAGUUAACAUUCUUCCUAAGUUUAGUGGUAAUACCAUCUCCAUUCCAAACUAUCAUGGUGUAAUCUAUGUUGCUGUGAGUGCAAUCGUUGUGUCUAGAGUGAUGUAUCUGAAGGCUCACAAAGGUAGUUUCGUGUUGAGGAUUAUCUUAAAAUAUUAAAACGAUGUUUUUAUUGUGUUCUCUUAGGUUGUGAAUACAGAAGUGCCAUUGUCUGAAUGUACAGGGUGCAGCAUAUAUAACAUUCACAUGUAGAAGGGUAAUUCUUACGUAUUUCAGGGAUAUGUGGAUACGUGAAUCAAGAAACCUCUAAAUAAUUAAUUUAUAGAAAGCACUUAUGAUACAUUUUUCAGUCAUUAUAUCUACUAAGGGGUCAUCUUUAGUGACAAACACUGACGAAGACGCUUGCGGAAGUUGUCUAUGGCUUCUGGGAUCAGCAUGAACUAAUGGUAGUAGUGACGUCUGGCAUUUCGUACUAUUAUUAAACGAUUCAGGAGCAGCGUACAUCAAUGAAACGUAGCUUUGAAGUGUCCACGCACAAACGUUUCGCGUGAUUUCAGAUGACCUAAUUGUACAGUGUGUGUCAAGACGUAACAGGAUGAGAUGACUGAAAAACAUGUCUUUCAAAGUCGAAAACGAACAUACAGAAGUCUAGGCUGUGAAACCAUACUACAGAAAGUUUCAGAAUUUUUUUCAUGUCAUAUCAUCGUAAAAGAAGUGCGGCUUCCACUCCUCAAAUUCAAUAUCACUACAUCUAACAGCUACAUCGAACAUAUGAGACGCAUGUUAUUUAAAUUUGGGUCAGUUACCAAUCGGCCUCCACGCAACAUUUUGUCAUGUUAGUGCAAUAGGCAUACAAAAACUGCCACCCGUAAAAUUACACAUCAGAAUAUCAUCAAUAACGAAUGUUACUAGAACGAUUUUAUUUUUAAAAAUAAUUAAAGAAUUGCUUCUCGGUGACAUGUAUAAACAUAAAUAACUUUUAUAGUUCCUUGUUUCAUUUGCCUUUUAUGUCGCUACGGUACCUUAUGUUUCAGAUAUAACCUUCAUCACUUUCAUUAAAUGAAUGUAUAUAAAUAUUUAUUCAUGUC